AUGGCGUCCAAGCAGAUGCUCGUCGCCGUAUUCGCCGCGGCCGCCCUCGCCGUGGCCUUCCUCCCGGGGCUCGCCGUCGCCACGGAGCACAUGGUCGGCGACGACAAGGGCUGGACCCUCAACUUCAACUACACGGCCUGGGCCGAGACCAAGCAGUUCGUUGCCGGCGACACGCUAGUGUUCAAGUACAACAGCCCCGCCCACAAUCUGGUGGAGGUGGGCGGGCCGGACUUCCUCUCGUGCACCAAGCCGGCCAACGCCGUCGUCUUGACCACCGGCGAGGACCGGGUCACGCUCGACAAGGCCGGACGCAAGUGGUUCUUCUGCGCCGUCAGCCAGCACUGCCAGAACGGCAUGAAGCUCAAGAUCACCAUCCUCGAGACCGCUCCGCCGACUCCCCAGCCAGCCCCGACCAACCCUGCUGGCAAGCUGCAGGUGCGGUUCGGUGAGGCAGCGGCCGCGGUCACUGCGCUCGCCAUGGCCGUGCUCGUGCUCUAG